AUGGCUACGGCACCAUCGCCAUUUGCGUCUACGAAAGAGACUACAAACUAUGCAAGGCUAUGCCGCCUCCUGGUGGACGUUGGAUCUCAAGUGCUCCGGUCCACUUUUGACAAAAUACAUCCACCAGCGACUCUACAUAAAGUUUUGGGAAGUACCUCAGUGCAUUACGCUACAUUGCAAUCACUGUACAAAGGGAAGAAGAAAGUGCUUAAUCCCAUGCAAUGGGGAAGGUUGUACCCUACUCACUCACCCGUGUCUUCUGCAGCCUUCGAUAUCACACUUCUAACGGUGCUUCUUAGAAAUAUCUGUGGUUUGGGCCCUCCUGCCAACGGAUGGGAUCGUCUUCCCCUAGCUACAGACAUAAGCAUCGCAGAUGAUAUCGCCAGAGUGAAGUAUUACAGAAACACUGUAUGCGGCCAUGCAUCUCAAGCCUUUGUGGAUGACAUUAGUUUCAGUGCUUACUGGCAGGAGAUACGAGAAGCCUUGGUGAGACUGGGAGGAGCUCAUCUUAGAGCUGAAAUCGACAAUCUUGAGCACGAUUGCAUGGAUCCAGAUGUCGAGGAGCAUUAUCGUGAACUGAUGAAACAAUGGAAGAAAGACGACGACAGCAUCAAAGACAAGCUUGAAGAAAUUGAAAGUAAGAAAAAUAUUGUGUACUGCCAAUAUGGAUGAAUCAGAAGACUAGAAAAGUGUAUAUUUCCAGUAUUUAUUUCAGUUAACACGGCAGUGUAGGCUAGCUCAUGAUGUUUUAGUUUUAGUCGGAACUAGUUUCAUUUUUGCGUUGUGUGCAAAAUGAAGAACUAAUCCAAAUGUUGACACUAUGUUUUCAUUCGCAGUAUUUUUGUCUGUUCGUGGGUACUCGUGUACAACUGUUGGAGUGCGUUUUUGUAAUUUCUAAGCGUCUUAUUGAGUUUGAUCUAUUCGGAAUCGACUAGAUAUUGGUAUACCUAUCAUUGUUUUAUCUGCACCUAACGUGAAGCUGUGAUAUAAAUUUGCUUAUGAAAAUGCGCAUUUUUUUUUAAUUUUCAGAUUCGCUGGAAAACGCGAAAAGCAUUAUGGAGAGAAACUUCAGAGACACAAUUAAGAAGAUAGAGAUUGAAAUGAAAGAGGUGAAAGAAAAGCUGAGUAGUCUGACGGCCUCAGCUGAAAAAAGCGGACAAGAAGGUUAGUUGGUAGAAAGAGCUACUCACAACAAAAAAAUUAUUAAGAGCGACAAUGUUUUCUUGUGUUCAUAACGCAGCUCACGUUCAUCGCUGGAUGUCGGCCAACACAGCAUACUUUAGUUCUUUACUAGUGUAAGAACACACCCUACAUGAAGGUUCUCUGUAAUCCGUGGGAUGCCACGGAAUCUGAGAUUUUCCGCCCUGGCUUCCUCUCGGAUUUGAUAGUGUUUUAAUAGCACUCAUACAUGUGUAUAAUCGUAGGCGAGAUAGGUUAUAGUCUUAUUUUAGUAUUACCUUUCUUAUAAUGAACCUAACUUCCUAGAAGCGUUAGAUGUGACCCACAUAUUUCUCAAUGAAAUAGCCAAAUCCUUCCUCCUGGUGUAUUGUGGAUUAUUCAAUUCUGCAUGGGAAAAUAGUUAAAUGAGGAUCGUCUUGAGUAAAAUGGGUUAGAAUAAGAUGUAUGUGGAUAUUCUACAUUUACUUCGAAAAAAAGACUGUAGGCAAAACUUCCCUCUUUAUCGCAGGCGGGUCUCUAGAUUUCUACAGCUUUUUUUUUUUUUUUUGCAUGAUGAAUCACCGCGGUGUAGGGUAACUCAUGAUGUUUUCAUUUUGGACGGAACUAGUCACGUAUUUGGAACAUUAUUCUUGUGUUAUGUAUGAAAAAUGAAGAUUAACCCAAAUGGUCACACUGUGUUUUCAUUGGCAGUAUUUUUGUGUGUUGGUGGGUUCUCGUGUAAAACCACUGGAGUGCAUUUUUGUGAUUUCUAAGCGUCUUGUUGAGUUUGAUCUAUUCGGAAUUGACUAGAUAUUGAUAUACGUAUCAUUGUUUUAUCUGCGCCUAAAAGUGAAUCUGUGAUGUAAACGUGCGUAUGAAAUUCCUUUUUAUCUUUCUUACAUUUCACCUUCGCUAGGUGACCUCAGAGACACAACUGAGAAGAUAGAGAUUAAAAUGAACGAGGUUUUACAGAGGCUUAGUAGCCAGACGACCACAGUGGAAAAAAAAAACAAAUGAAGGUUGGUUGCUUGAAAGUGCUACUCACAGAUAAACUGAACUAUAAACAGGGAUUCUGUUAACUUGAGUACAUAACACAUCUUUUGAGCAUUACUACAUCGUUCGCUUAAUGUCGGCCAAUUUUACAUUUUUUUAGUUAAUGUAUUGUUGUAAGAGCACACCCUGGCUACCAAUCUACUCUGGCUUCAAAUGAAGAUACUGAGUAAUGUAUGGAAUGAGAGGGAUGGCACGGAAUCUGAGGCUAUCUCUGGGAUUGGAUAAUUUUCUGACAGUACUCGUACACAUUUAGCCGAGAAGGUUAUUGUCUUACUCUAGUUUUACUUUUGUUAAGGACAUAAUGAGAAGUGAAAGGGCAGAAAGGCGUUCUUUGGUUUUUGUUAAUUAGUUCCUACAUUGUCUCUUUUGACCGACAAGAAUCUUACUGAGACUAUCGGCUCCAAUGUUAUCAAUAUCUAUCUCCCGAGUUUCACUAUUAGAAACCGCUGAAGCCGAGCCAUAAGCUUUUUUAGAAUGUUAUUUAAAAUUUAGAAAAAAAAAGGAAGGAAGGAAAAGGAUCUUUCUAGUUAACUUUUAAUGAAUAAAGUGACUCUCACUCGGACUAAAAGUUCCAAUGUUAUUCCACGAAAAGGGUCUCUUGACGAAAUGAGAGGCGAAAAUGGCAAAGAUGGACAGCGAACUAAAAGAAGUGAAAGAAAAGCUGUCUACUUUGGCAGCCCCAGUGGGAGAAAGCAAGGGUGAAGGUUAGUUGAAUUAUACAAUAAAAGUUGUCCUGCUUAACCGCAAAUUUAGCCUUAGUAAACAUGUCCUGUAUGUAAGAGCGAGAGAGAGUGAGAGAGAUAAUCCUAUGUUAAAGAGAUUCAGCUCUUUAAUUUAAACAAUCUCUGGAAUAGUCUCUGCGGUGUACUUUCAUUCCUUCAAUUGUUUAAACGUUCACUCGUUAUUAGCCUGGAAACAUUAUAUUUUUAUUAAAAUGUAGAACGAUGUAAAAAUAACGUACAGUUUUAACGAAAAUAUUGACGUUAAGUUCGACUCGAUGUUAGAAACUAACAGAGUGGGUUCGACUGAAUUUAUAAUCUAAAUGGCUUUUGGUCAGUAAAUUAACAUGAAUCAUACAUUGAUACCUUUUCAUCGUCCAAGUAAUUUCUUUGGCAAUGGUGUCGUACUCGUUCACUUAUUUAAAUUCAGUGCCGAAUACCUAGUGGCAUUAGAUGUAAUCCGCAUAUUUCUGAAUAAAAUAACCAAACCCUUCCUGCACUCAUAUUGUGGAGUAUUCAAUUCUACAUGGGAAAAUAGCUGAAUGAGGAUCGUCUCGAGUAAAAUAGGUUAGAAUGAGAUGUAUGUGGUUAUUUUACAUUUCCUGAGGAAAGGACUGUUGGCAAAACCUCCCACUUCAUAGCAGGCGAGCCUCCGGUUUUCUGCAGCACUUUUGAUGAAACCGCGCGACAAAGAAGGCAGAAAGGCGUUGUUUGGUUUUCAUUUAUUAGUUCGUAGUCUCGCUAUAUUCCGAAAAAGCCUUGCUCAGACUACGGCUCCAAUAAUAUGAAUACUUAUCUCCCGAGUAAUUUAUUUUACAACAGAUUUUCACUGUCAGACAUCGCUAAAAACGAACAAACAGAGUAGGUUCAACUUAAUUGAAAAUCUAAAUGGCUUUUAAAUUAGUAGGCAUGAAUCAUACACUUAAACCUUUUUGCAUCGUCAAAGUAAUUUCUUUGGCAACGGUAUCGUACUCAUUCGCAUAUUUAAAUUCAGUGCCGAAUACCAGAGAUGUACCACAAUUUUCAAUGCUGCAUUCAUUAGAUUUAUUACCUAUUUUGCUACUGCUAGGUGUUUUUGAUCCAACUGAGCUUAUCAAUGGAAUUCGCCAGCUGUACAAGACUCGCGAGGGAUGGCUCUCACCAUUUCCAUGGUGUGAAGAGUUUCAGUUUUUUCUUGGCAAUAUUUUUACAAGGCUUAAAGUGGUCAGAAGAAAGAAAACGAGAGGAGAAAUCACUGACGUAUUUGUUGACAUGUCGUCAAUACUAGACCCGUAUGAAGAGUGUUCAGCGCCGAGAACAGUGUUGAUUGAAGGAGAACCUGGUAUGGGAAAAACCACCUAUUGUAAAAAGUACGUCUACGACUGGGCCACAAAACAGCAAGCACCUCAAGGCUGCGGCUCAACAGCAUUUAAAGUGGUAUUGUUGCUGAAAUGUCGAGAUAUCCACUCUGACGUUUGGGAAGCCAUUGAUGAUCAGCUGCUGCCCUAG